AUACGCACGCUCUUAAUUUCCGCAUCGAAACGAGGGGAAAAAGAAACCCCAAUUAACCAAAAUUUGCCCUUUGAAGAAGCGCAAUGAGGGAAGAAGUCAUCAGUUCCGGAGGGACCAUGGAUCCCACUCCUGCCGCGAGUUCCGCUGGGGCAUCCUCACCUGGUGUUCCAGCAAAUGUCGGUAGUGUAGAGAGGUCCAGUCAUGCGCAUACUUCCAAAGCAGCCUCUCUGUCUGUUGCUGGCUCACAAUUACCAAGGACCUCCUUGAGCACCAGUGCUGGUGGUUCUGUUCUGGGAUCAUCAAGGCCUUCAUGUAGGCCAUGGGAAAGAGGGGACCUGCUGAGGCGUUUGGCUACUUUUAAGCCGUCGAAUUGGUGUGGAAAGCCUAAGAUUGCUAAUUCAUUGGCUUGUGCUCAAAGAGGUUGGAUGAAUAUUGACAUUGAUAAAAUUGUGUGUGAAUCAUGUGGUGAAUGCCUGAGUUUUGUUUUGCUACCAUCCUGGAUCCCUUCUGAAGUUGAAAGUGCUAGUGAAGCAUUCGCCAAGCAGUUGGAUGAUGGCCACCAAGCCAGCUGUCCUUGGAGAGGUAACAGCUGUCCUGAUAGCUUGGUGCAGUUCCCUCCAACUCCUCAAUCUGCUCUAAUUGGAGGAUAUAAAGACAGAUGUGAUGGGCUCUUGCAAUUUCAGUUUCUUCCUAUUGUUGCUGCAUCUGCAGUUGAGCAGAUGCGGGUUUCUCGGGGUCCAGUGGUUGAUCGCUUUUUGUCCCAGUCACAGAAUUUUACAUCUGGAGAAGGAGACUUCAAGUCGGAAGGCAUACCUGAACUUGAAACUUCUAGAGAUGGGGCCUCCUGUUUGUAUUCUCGUGCCCAGAAGCUUACAAGUCUUUGUGGGUGGGAACCAAGAUGGCUCCUAAAUGUUCAAGACUGUGAAGAACAUUCUGCUCAAUCAGCUCGGAACGGGUGUUCUUUUGGCCCUGCCCAGGCCCAAGUCCAUCUUUCACAUGAUCCUGGUCUAAGCAAGAAAGCGCAUUCUGCUUCCGCAAAAAAAGACGCUGGAAAGAAUAAACUGUUAGCUGAGUCAAGAUGUGAUUCCAGGUCACCCUUACUAGAUUGUAGCUUAUGUGGUGCUACUGUUAGGAUAUUGGAUUUCUUGACUGUUCCCCGACCUGCUCGUUUUCCUUCCAACAACAUUGAUAUUCCUGAUGCUAGCAAAAAAAUGGCACUGACACGUGGGGUAAGUGCUGCCAGUGGAAUUAGUGGUUGGGUUGCUGCUGAUGAUACAGAUAAGGAACAUACCGAAGACCGUGAUGAGGUGGCAACAACGGACAAGGGUAAAUCACUGCAAAACACAGAAGUUGAUCUGAAUCUUACUAUGGCAGGAGGCUUACCUUUUACUCAGGCAGACAGGGUAGCAAUCCCUGAGAAUGUUCAUGAUGUUGAAAUGGGGAGAGAUUUAAUGAUAGGUCAGCCUGCAGGCAGCGAGGUUGGUGAUCGUGCUGCUUCAUAUGAAUCUCGAGGGCCUAGUUCUCGUAAGCGGAGCUUGGAAAUAGGUGGCAGCUCAGAUGAUAGGCCUCACUUGAUGCAACCUGCUGAUAGCGUAGAGGGAACUGUCAUUGAUCGCGAUGGUGAUGAAGUCACAGAUGGUAGACAAUUUUCAGCUGGACCUUCAAAACGCGCUCGUGACUCAGAUUUUUUUGAUACACACUGUUCACCAUAUCAGAGAGACUCAUCUGGUGCUGGUCCUAGCCAUUCAGUGGGUAUGGAAAUUCAUGCAGAUGGAAACAGAGUUAAUUUGUUUCGCCAAGGAAGUGACCAAGUUUUUGGAAUCCCAUCAGCAAGGGAUUCGACACGUGCAUCGUCUGUCAUUGCAAUGGAUACAGUCUGUCAUAGCGCAGAUGAUGAUUCUAUGGAAAGUGUUGAAAACUACCCUGGAGAUAUUGAUGAUGUUCAUUUCCCCUCUUCCAGUAUGUACGGGAAUCUGGACAUGAAUGAGACGUCUGAACUGAAUUACAGCAAUCAAGCCCAGCAAAGCAUUUGUUUCAGACGUGCUGCUGCAGUAGCUCCUGGUGAAAUGGGUGUCAGUAGUACAAAUGAUGGUGAAGAGAUUUUCAAUGCAGAAACAGUCACAGCUCAGGCUCGGGAUGGUCCUAGUUUUGGUAUUAGUGGAGGCAGUGUAGGCAUGUGUGCUAGUCAUGAAGCUGAAAUUCAUGGGGCUGAUGUUUCUGUCCAUAGAACUGAUAGUGUAGUUGGUGAUGUGGAACCCAGAAUAGAAGAUGUUGAAAAUCAAGGUCAGACUGGUGAAUCUGCCCCUGAUCCUGGAUUAAUGGAUGAGGUUGUUCCUGAUGAAAUAAACAGGGAAGAUCCUCAUGGUGAUAGCCAGGAGAUGUUGUCUCGAUCUAUAGAAAGGGCUGAUAGUGGCUCAAAAAUAGAUGGUUCUACUGCAAAGGCUGAAUCUGUUGAAAGUGGUGAAAAGGAAGCAAGUCAAAGCUGCAAGUUAGCUUUAGAUAGCAAUGUCCACCCUUCUCUUUCCUGCAAUGCAAAUAUGUACUCUGGCUAUCAAACAACUAAGAAAGGGGUCAGCAAGGCUGGAAAGUUAUCCUCUACAAACAAUUGUCCAUGCAUGGAGUCAGAUUAUGCUAUUGCCAAUGGGAUAGGGCCUCCAAAAGGUGAAAGCAACUAUGAAGAGGCUAUAGAGUUUGAUCCAAUUAUUCAUCACAAUCAGUUCUGUCCAUGGGUGAAUGGAAAUGUUGCUGCUGCUGGUUGUAGUAGCCGUGGUUCUGGCAACAAUGCUGAUGCAGAUGCACUCUGUGGGUGGCAGCUGACGUUGGAUGCGCUGGAUGCACUGCGAUCACUAGGGCAUAUUCCAAUUCAAACAGUACAAUCCGAGUCAGCAGCAUCAUUAUACAAGGAUGAUCAUCAAACUCCUGGUCAAAAGCUCCUUAGACGGCAUUCUAUGAGCAGAAGCCAUGGGCAUUGUUGAUAUUUAAUCAGAAUAGCAAAGGUGCUUGCAAUUAUUAAUAAGGUUGCAUCAACUCAACUGAAAUUUGCCCUGAGCUUCCUGCGGUAAUGCACCUUUUUGCAUGUAAUUGUCAUUGACCAGAAUGAAGCAGUUUGUGCUGUCCCAUUUUUAUUUGAUGAAUUGAAUUGGAACUACUCAAGAGAGAGAGGAUUGAAACUCCUUUAAAAUUCCAUUAAGUUGUUUGAAAGAACAAAAUACUUGUAUGUUGAGUUGAAUUGAAUGUACACAAGUAAAAUAAAGAAAAUUUAGGGA